ACUAUCUUUUCUUUUUUUGCCUUCAAAAUAUGCUAUUUGAGCCUUCCAAAACAGAAUAAAAACACGUAAGAUUCUAUUGAAAACCUCGAUCUUUCUAUAUCUUCACACAUGAUAGCAAUUACACUACCCGGAGGGCAUCUAGCUAGCAAAGUUCAAUUACUUCGUAUUUACAAGAUGCGCAUUCCACCAAGUGACAGCUUCGUUAUUCAAGUAAGAGGCAGCAGCACCCAAACCCUACACCAACACCCAACCCUUGAGCCUCAACCCACUUCUCUCUCUUCCAAGCUAAACUUCUCUGCAAUGAAGCUCUUUAAUCGGUUCCGCAAGAUCCUUGUGCGGCUCUUGUUUUCUCUUCCUUCCGCUGGAUCUUCUGGCACGUCGAGUGUGGCUCCCAAGCAAAAGAACUGCGAUAGGUUCGAGCCACCGAAGACUUCGUGCAGCUCAUCGUAUUACUCGUCCCACUCGCAUUACACCGAGGCCAUUUCUGAUUGUAUUGAGUUCUUCAACAAGUCAUCGCAAGAGGGGAGUUUGGAUGGUCCAAAAUCUGAUGUUUCGGUUUGAUUAUAUAAUAUAUAUACCUUUGUUACUCAAAACGUUAAAUUAUAAAUCUUGGGUGUAACAGUACUCUCCUUCAUUAUAUUUUCUUCUCUUUUCCUUCGGUCAUCAUUUUGUUAAUACAGUUUCCUCAAAGUACUUGAUUGGUCUCUUCCUUCUUGGGGUGUUGGUUCUUUUGUAUGUACAAAUAAUCUAAAACGUUUGUUUUGGUUUC